UGGCCUUUAUGCAUUCAUUCUCGCUUGAAAAAUUCAAAUUCUUUGGGCCAAUCAUCGUUAUUCAUUUAAAAAGGGAGUUGAGUGGUUCGUAUGAUGUAUACUACAAUUGCUUAAUAUUCCUUUGGUUAAGUUUUCAACUAAUCCUUUUGGAAAAAGGCCAACCUUGCAAAUCGACAACUAUUUCUCAUGAUAUUUUGAACCUUUUUCUUAUUCUCAAGAAUAUGCUACCCGAAACAAGAGAAGACCCUUUUUCUUUGUAUGGUUCACUACCAACGAGUGAAAAUCAUUCUUCAACUUUGAAUGACGCCUUGUGUAAAGAAAUAUGUUUGGAUGAUGGUAAAAACCAUCCCGACGAAUGUUCCACUUCGGCAAAAGAUAGUCAAACACUAUCAAUCGCGUUACAAGAGUUUCCAAUUCAAUCCUUACCAUGUAGUUCGUAUUCGGAUAGUUCUACCCAAUCUAUUUCUAGUUCCCAAGUGGAAUCCUCUCACAUGGAUCAUCCCAUCUAUUCCUCUUAUAGAAAAGUAAGAAGAAGGUCGAAAGGUGGUUGGACAUUAGAAGAAGAUGAGGAAUUGAAAAGACUUGUUUCUAUUUAUGGUGCACGAAAUUGGAAAAGAAUUUCCGAACACUUUGUGAAUAGAAGUGAUGUACAAUGUCUUCAUCGAUGGCAAAAGGUAUUGAAUCCUGCAUUAAACAAAGGCCCUUGGACGGAGAAAGAAGACAAUAUUAUUUGUGAAUUUGUCAAGGAACAUGGACCAACCAAAUGGAGUCAUUUAGCAAAGUUACUUCCAGGUAGAAUAGGAAAGCAGUGUAGAGAACGUUGGUUCAAUCAUCUCAAUCCAUCACUCAACAAAAAGCCAUGGACACCUGAAGAAGAAGAACGUCUUAUCAAGGCACAUGCUGUUUUAGGCAAUCGUUGGGCUGAAUUGGCAAAGCUGUUUCCUGGAAGAAAUGAUAAUGCCAUUAAAAAUCAUUGGAACUCCAAUCUUCGGAAACUAAAAACAAGAGAGAAAGGUCGACACCGAAGACGAAUGGGAACAGUCGAAGAGGAACGAGAAGAGAAGGACAAGUUCCCGUCAUUCCAUUUAGGACAAUCCAACUACGAGUAUGAUUCCAUUUCAGAGUCGAUGAAAUGGACAUCUCAGCCAUUAGAUGAUGAUGCAGUCAUAGCCCAUUCAACUGACCAAGAGAAGAAUCUUCUUGAAUCUGAUUCCUUCCAUUCUUCUUCCAUCAACUAUAUGGAGUUGCAGAUGAUUCCUAAGCUAGGCAGUUUCCAUUCUCAUCAAGACUGGAACCAAAUAGAAAAUGCACAACAAUCAUCUCCUAUUGUAAUGGACAGUCGUCCUUCCAAUAUCUUUCAAGUGGCAUCACCAACAACCAAUUUGUUCUCACCUUCAGUUCCUAUUCUAUCAUCGGAAGAUGUGUCUUCUUAUUCAAAGUCGAACGUUGAAUAUUCUUCAUUUCUCUUCUCCCAUUCAAGUCUUGACCAAAACCGCAGUUGGUUAGAAACUCCUAGUCAAACACCGAAGCAGGAUUCUUCCAAACAUAUAUCGAUAUUUCAUCAAAUACAAGACGAGGGUAAUGAAUAUUAUGCCAGAGAUACUUUUAUUGACGAUAAUUAUGAUAUGAAAGAAUCUCCUUUGAAGAGGCUCUAUCCAGAUACAUCUCCUUCUGUUUAUUUGAUAGGCUCCAGUCCGACUCGCAAGAAACCUUUAAGAGAUGCAUCAUUGGAAGAAGUCACAACACCCAAUAUGAAAAUAGCAAAAAGUCAAUCGGAUCUUCUUCGUGCUCAUUCCUUAGCCAACAACACAUUUCCUGAAGAUCAAACGGAAACUAUCUAUGCUUGUAACGACUUGGAUGAACACUCCCAACUUGAAAGAACGGAAAGUAUAGCAGUUCGAAAGUUUACUAUCGGAGGUUUGUAUUUAUCGGAUAAGAAAUGUAUUACGCCAUAUCAAAGAGCUUCUCAGUUACGGAGAACUCCUUGGAUUGUUGACGCAACUAGAACUCCUCCAAUUCUAAGAAGAAGAGGAAAGUCAUUGCCGACUAUUCAGUCUUCUUCAGUAACACCAACCAAACCCGAAUCUUUUGAUCCUUGGAAAGUUCCUACGAGUACCUGUGUAGACUUGCAAAGUACAACUCCAACAGAAUCGACUUCAAGGAUUGGCUUUUGGAAAGGUACUUCGCGUCAUUCUUCACCUUUUCCGUCAAGAACGUUAAGCCUAUUACAAGAGAGUCUAUCUCCAGAACGCUUACUUUACGACUUUACGACCUUGUUGGAUACUCCUAAGAGAGGACCAUCUUAUUUCGGAUGACUCAAAAGAUAAAAUGUACAAAGCUUCA